CACCAGGUCUGGGAGCUCUUGGGAAAAGGGUCAUUCAGCCAUUCAGUCUCACAGUUGGAAUGGUGUCCUAGUGUAGAGCAGAGGAGUUGUAAGCUGAAGAUGAAGGUGUCAGCAUGGCUGUUGUGGGUGGCAUGGCUGUGUACCUGGACAGAGGCGUCGCGCCAGUGUCAGUGCCAGUGCACAUGCCUACCUGAUGAGCAGGUGGCACAUAGGAGGCAAGUUGUACAGGGGUCAGGAAGGUCAGAGGGGAGAGGUCAUCUUCGCCAUCGUUUAACACAUCAGCGGGCGUUACACAAGGCCCUUCGCAGGAAAGGUUCUCGACUCUUCGCAGAUAACGGCCUGCCUCGUAUUGUCCACCAUCCCUCUGAUGUUGUGGUCCAAGCGAGAAGCCCAGCCACACUGUCCUGCAGGGCAGAUGGCAACCCUGUGCCCUCGAUUCAGUGGCUCAGAAAUGGCCAGCCCUUGGACACAGAGAAGAUGGAAGUACAGUCACGGCCCAUCAUUUUACCAGAAGGAAGCUUGUUCUUCUACAGUGUUGCCUCUGGGAGAAAGAGUCAAACACAUGAAGCGGUGUAUACCUGCGUUGCUCGGAACAGUGCUGGAGUUGCGACUAGCAGAAAUGCAUCUCUUCAUAUAGCAGCUCUGCGAGAGGAGUUCCGGGUGCAGCCCAGUGAUGUGGAGGUGGUGGUUGGGGAGGUGGCUGUGAUGAACUGCAGCCCGCCUGUGGGACAUCCUGAGCCAAACAUCACCUGGAGGAAAGACGGAAUCCUCAUCAACAGCAGCCAUGAACAUUACACUGAACUCGAUGGUAAACUGAUCAUUGCUCCAGCUCAGAAGAAUGACUCUGGAGUUUAUAGCUGUAUAGCCUCAAACACAGUUGGAGUGAGAGAGAGUCAGGCUGCUCGGCUAUCUGUAUUAGCCAAACCGGUUUUACUGCGUAAACCAGAGGAUAUAUCAGUGCAGCUUGGGGAGUCAGCACAGUUUUUUUGUGAGGCAGAUGGAGACCCCAUGCCUUCUGUAGAGUGGAGUCGAGAACAAGGACCACUACCCAAUGGCAGAUAUUUAAUCAGCCCAGACCACAGUCUGCAAAUCCACUAUGUGACGGCCCAGGACAUGGGCAUGUACACCUGCACUGCAGAAAAUAAGCUUGGUGUGUCUAUGGCCAGUGUACAGCUGCUUGUAGAGGGUGAAAGCAGGCAAUCAGAUGUGGGAAGCACUAGACUGAGAGAUCUACAUAAGGAGCUGUCUGCCUUACGUGUGAGCCUGGAGAAUGUCACUGUCCUGAGGACAGCGUCCAACAUGUCUCAAGUCACGUGGAGGCUGCAGUCCUCACUCUCACAGCCUCAUUACCUUGAAGGCUUUGAGGUUCUGUAUCGGUCUCUUCUGCCAGCUAGUUCAGAAUGGACAGCUCAAAGGGUUCCUCAGCCUGACCUUCACACUCACGUGGGACCUCUGAAGAGAGGCUACAAGUAUGAGUUUAAAGUCCGACCCUAUGGCAGCAGCCUGUAUGGCAGGGAGAGCAACACCAGACACUUACGAGUGCCAGAGACAGUCCCCAGUGCACCACCUCAGAAUGUCUCAUUAACAAUGCCCACUGACCGUAAUGACACUGUGUACCUGAACUGGGAACCCCCACCUCAUGAGGCUCACAAUGGGAUCAUUCAGGGAUAUCAGGUGUGGUGUGUGGAAUCUGAGGAGCUGAAGUCUUUGAAUUGGACUGUGGACAGUGGAACGCACAGUCUGGAGAUCAGUCCACUGCAUCCCGGCAUGAUGUACUUGGUCUUAGUGGCUGCCGUUAACGGGGCAGGAGUGGGGCUUCAAAGUGACCCAUACAAACUGCUUAUAGAGUCGAGGCAGGAGGCGACACCUUAUCAAACAGGCAUACUCAGUAUGUCUCAUUUUCUCUCUGUGAUUAAAGAGCCAGUGUUUAUCGGCAGCGUUGGCACCCUCCUGUGGUUUGUUUUGAUGAUUACAGCCAUGUUUCUGUACAGGAGACAUGCCAAAUGUGCCAAGCAGGGAGGCAAAAGCUCAGGUUUGUAUAGACUGGAAAGUGAAGACCUCAUCAUCAAACACAGAAUGGCAGCACCAGACUCUCCAUGGAUCUCUGGAGGCUGGAGGCCAGACUCCAGCAGCAAGUCCAAACAGAGCCUUUGGACCCUGAGCCAGGAGAACUCUGGCUUCCGGAGAACCACUCUGCCCAUAACAGCUGUAAAGGACUCCAACCCCCUGCGGUCAGCUGUCCCCAUCGUACCAGACAAUUGCGGAGUCUACGGCACCUUUUACAUGGAUCUAACCGGUAACGGGCUGAAGACAUUUAAUAGUCCAGGGCGAUGUCCCAAAAUGCCCCACGGUGGCUCUCAACUGCAUAACUUGGAGACGGUUCACAUCACUGAGCCCAUCGUUAAGUCCGCCGUUGUAAGGGAAGUACAGGCAUUGCCUUGGAAACGUCCCCUCCCUGCCCAGCCUAAUAUGGGGGUGCUGAAAGAAUCUUGGGAGAAAAAUUACAAAAGAGAGUUGCAUGCUGUGAAAAGUGCCCCUUUAAUGCCUGUGCAUCCACAAGCCCUGGCAUUGUGCAAUGCUCCGGGUAACCAGCAGCAAAAAUUCAGUCAACACCCAGCAGGUGGUGUAUCUGAGUCUGUGAAGCAGCUGAGCUCUCCACGAAUCUUACAUUACUCUGCCUCACUGCAGUUGGUGGACAUGUUGCCCAGCCCUCCACCUCUUCCCAUGGAGGACAACAACAGCCUCAGCUCAGAGGACGAGUCUACCAGGUCCACCAAGCUAACAGUAGACAUUGGCUCUCAGCAGUCUGUGUGUGCCGCUUCUGGGCUUCAGAGUCCAGACUGUCCGUCUCACCACAGCCCCUCCUCGUGUUGCCAUGCCCAGCCAAGCCCCUCCUAUAGUCACCUCUCCACUGCUUCCUUCUGCCUGUCCACUGAUGACUACCAGGAUACCACACUCAGCACUCCGGGCCACAUGCAAUACAUGGAGAUCAUCCCCAAAUCACAAAGACAAAGCGCUCUAUCUCAGAGUUCACCUUCUAUGUCCCGGCCCUUCUCUCCCACACCCACAUUCGGCUACAUCUGCGGACCUGUAGACCGGGAAAUGGGCGGCAUGGAUGACGAACAGGAGUCUCAGCCGAUCAGGCUCAGGAGGGCAACACUGAGGAGCACACCCUCCUCUUGCUACAGCGAAUGGGAGGGCUCGCUGUGGAACGGAUGGGGCUCGGUGUCCGAGAGCAACAUGACCAGUGCUCGAACAAGUAUGAUCAGCUCCUCCGACUGCUCAUUCAUAAAUGAUGCUAACUUUGCCCGUGUCCUGGCUAUGACAGCAGAAUCCAUGAGUGGUUCUUUAUCAGCAGAUUUAUCCCCGCCUGCCUCCCCCCUAAGCGUUCUGUUCCCCCCUCGAGAGUGUUUCGGAGAGGUGGAGCCGCUGCCCAUGUGGGACUGGAGCACCGCUUGGGUGGAGGAGUUGGAGGCCCAGUUCAGAGCAUCCAGAGAGGCCAGAAGAACCUCCACAUCUACCCGACACUCAGGCAUUGAGCACUGGAGAGCACAACUGGAAAACAGCCGCAAAAACCCGUCACACAGAUGAACAACUCCACAUUCCCUCACAGACAAGCUUAAAGCCUCAAACCAAGGGUUAUUUUUUGGACUAUAUUUUCCUGCAUUCCUCAGGGCGUCCCGUUUCUUGUAGUUUUGACAGGCAUAGGUUUGUAUCAAGGCCAAUUAACUCUUGAGAACACAUUUUGCUGCAAGGUUUGUGCGUAUUUCACUCUACAUAUGGACAGUACGACUCCAUAUUAAGGAUAAUUGUACAGGAUAUCCAUAUUGGCAUUCUAAAAAAAUGUAAAUAAACGGAUUUUAUUUAAUAAACCAUAUCAUAUACACUUUUAUAUUACAGAGCCAUCUAAAAUACACAAGAAAUAUUAUACAAGAUGUUUUGUAUUUUAGCCUUUUUAUUCACCUUUUUAUUAUUUUAUGAUUGAACGUGUACAAUGAUGAUGUAUUCGUUAACAUUAGGUAAUUACAUUAAUUAACAUGAAUUAACAAU